ACAUUUGUGACACGUACAAGAUUAAAGAAAAGAAUUUGGAAGCUUAGAAAUUAGAAUUCCUAGUCACCACGGAAGAGAAUGGGGAAGAAAUGAACAAAUAAACAACUAAAAGUAAAACAGAUGGAAGAGAGUAAUGGAGUUCAUGGGAAACGGAGUUAAAGGGGAAGCAAGCCAUGUGAAUACUUGUCUUCUUAAUUUAAUAUUUACAAGAAGAUGGGAAGAACCAUUUGCACUCUAUAAAUACAUUGCCCAUACUCUCAUGCAUUUCAUCAAAAUCCAACCUCCUCAUAUUUGAUAAUUCCCUCAUCUAUCUUCCAGAGACAUGGCGAGACUUGGCUUUUUCUUACUGGUUCUCUCCUUUCCCAUUCUCUUUGUGGCUGCCAUGGCUGUGUCUUCCAGCCCAACAGACUUCAUUGUAGCCUCUUGCAAGACCACUCGCUACCCUCCACUGUGUGUUCAGUCCCUCUCAGGCUAUGCCGAUGAGAUUCAACAAAGCGACCACCAACUAGCUCAAACAGCCUUGAAAGUAAGCUUAGCCAAGGCUAAUUCCACUUCAGCCUAUGUAGCCAAGAUGGCUAAAGUGCGAGGCAUCAAACCUAGGGAGUACCAAGCUGUCAGAGACUGCAUCAACACCAUGGCUGAUAGUGUGGACCGGCUCAACCAGUCCAUGAACGAACUCGGCCAUAUGGGGCAAGCCGUGGGUCAGGACUUCAUGUGGCACAUGAGCAACGUCCAGACAUGGACCAGUGCUGCCCUGACCGAUGAGAACACUUGUCUUGACUGCUUUGCAGGGCGUCAGAUGGAUGGAAAUAUGAAGAACUCAAUAAGGCGUGGUAUCGUCGAUGUUGCUCAGGUAACUAGCAAUGCCCUCGCAUUAGUUAAUCGGUUUGCAGAAAGACACCAAUCUGCAGGGCCUGCCAAGAAUCCUUAGUUUUUAGCAUAGAAAAAAUUCUCUUCAAUGUGUAAAUGUGGGUUGUGUGCCUAACUAGAUUUUGUCUUCAGUGGUCUCAACUUGCUUUGCUAUGUGUAAUUGUAAAACAUUUAUAUUAAGCCAAAAUUUGUGUUUUUCCUAUAAUAUACCCCCCAAGUUUUGUUAUAAUGGAAUUAUUUUUAGUCAAUUUGAAUUGUUGAGUAAUGAUGCGGUUGUUCCGCAGAGUCGUAGACAUAAUUAACAUAGCAUGUGCAUAAUUGUACGAAAAAACGAAGUAAAAGCAAAAUCUACUAGGAAUAUGCACCUUUUGAUUGCUUCCUCAGUUACAAAUCCAGCCCGAGUGUUGCUGUCACUGUUUUGGUCCCUCGUUUUUUCAUGAAAUUGUUUUAGCAUCUUUUGAUGAUUCUUUGGUUUCUUCUUAUGAAAUCAUCGACCUUGUUAGUAUGACGUAUUUGCAUAAUUGAUUUAUGAUUUCUUCUUAUGAAUAUCAUAAAUUUUCUUAGUGUGA